CUGCUACAGAACUAUACUCAGAGAGCAUCUGAUGAUGAAACUUUAAAUGUGUUUGUAAAAACCCCUUUGGAAAUUGGUCCAUGCUCGUUUACUGUGCCUGUAAGUUUUGGCGCCAAAUUUCAAACAGGAGGAAUUCCUGUUUAUGGUAAAAAAGUCUACAUUUACAGCAUUUAUGGGACGAGUUGUAUCUCUGGGAAUAUGGAAUCUCCUGGAAAUUGGACUAUUUCAAAUAAUUGCACUUUGCCAUCAAGAGCGAGUACUUCGAUGACUGUUUUAGGACGAUAUAUCUUGAGUACUGGAAGCAGUUCAGUUCAAAUUGAACGUUUUGAUGGGAACUCUUGGACAACCCUGAACAACAAUCUGACAAAACAAAGAGAUCAGACCUGCUCUGUAGCAAUAAGUGAUACGGAAAUGAUAUUACUCGGAGGAUAUAACGGUUGGCGUAUGAGCCUUGUGGAAAAGUAUGAUGUCAAUGGAAAUCUUGUUGAGACUCUACCAAAAAUGAAUAAAGCAAGAUCUAGCCCUGGAUGCGCUAUUUUUAAGAAUGAACUGUAUGCUGUAGGAGGAUGGAAUAACGG